UUUUCGUCUCAUAAUGCGGUUAGCUGUUGGGGAUAAAUCCUUCACAGUAAGAGUAGCUGCUGCAAGAUGUCUAAAGGCAUUUGCAAAUAUCGGAGGUCCAGGUUUAGGAGUUGCAGAGCUGGACAAUUCUGCUUCUUAUUAUGUGAAGGCCCUCGAGGAUCCUGUUUCAUCUGUUCGCGAUGCCUUUGCGGAAGCUUUGGGUGCAGUGCUUGCUCUUGGAAUGAAUCCUGAAGCACAGGUGCAAGCAAGGGGAAAAGGUCAAUUUACCCCUAAGAAACUUGAAGGGGGUUUGCAAUGGCACUUAGUGUUGCCCUUCAUAAAAGCAAGUGGUCCUCGGCUGAAAGACGUUAGUAUCGGCGUAACCUUGUCAUGGGUAUCUCUUUUGCUGGUAGAUUCUUAUAGGAAUCCACCUUCGCUUGUUCUUCUAAUUUUCCCAGCUUCCCAUUUUAUGGUAGUGGGAGUGGCCUUUUGGAGUUGGAUUUUCUAUUGAAAUGCAUAUGUAUACUAGCAUACGUACAUGUGUGUCGGUGGAGUUACUUUGAAAUGGUUGGUCAUGCUAAACUAUUCUAUUUGUCUAACAAGUUACUUGUGUUAUUUUCUGCACAACUUUCUACGUUUCUUUUGAGGUGUUUAACUGUUUCUUCUAUGUUUUGUUUUGUGCUUUCUGUUCUCCCCGGAUGAUAUGAUGAGUUUUUGGCUUGGCAAUUUAGGUUUUUGGGUUUAUGAUGCUUGUAAGCAUUGUUGAAUUUUUUGCUUCAACCAAGGUGUUUGGGAUUGUAAUAAGUUGGUCACAGAUCAAGUAUUGUAUAUCUUGCAUUCUUGUUUUUUCUUGAUAGCCUAGCAACAACUGCCAUAGAUUCCCCGUUUAUGAUUUCUUUGGUCUCUUAGAGAUUUUCACUUUGAAUUUCUUCCUUUCUCUUGCCAUGAUUUUGGAUAGACUUCCAUUAAUUUGGACCUUAACUUUCAGUAUGAUGCCGGGAAUUUGCUGUGGUAUAUAAUAUUGCGCUAUUAUUUUGGAGGAAGUUAAUUAAUUUCUGUCCAUGUUCCUCCAAGUUAUUUGUUAUG